GAGGAGAAGAAGGAGGAGGCGGUGGCGGGCGGCGCACCUGGGCCGGGCCGGCCCCGCGGAGCCCCCGGUGGGGAGCGGCUCCAUGGCGACCGCGGCGGUGGAACCGGUCUACGGGCUCUCGGAGGACGAGGUGAGGAGGAGUCUCGUAUCCUGAGGGUGAAGGUGGUGUCCGGCAUUGACCUGGCCAAAAAGGACAUCUUUGGGGCCAGCGACCCGUACGUGAAGCUCUCCCUGUACGUAGCAGAUGAGAACAGGGAGCUCGCUCUCGUGCAGACUAAAACCAUCAAGAAGACCCUGAAUCCAAAAUGGAAUGAAGAAUUUUACUUCCGAGUGAACCCAACCAACCAUCGGCUCCUGUUCGAGGUGUUUGAUGAGAACAGGCUGACCAGAGACGACUUCCUGGGUCAGGUGGAUGUGCCCCUCAGUCACCUCCCGACGGAAGACCCCACCAUGGAAAGGCCCUACACCUUCAAGGACUUCCUGCUCAGGCCGAGAAGCCACAAGUCCCGCGUAAAGGGCUUCUUGAGGCUGAAGAUGGCCUACAUGCCCAAAAACGGUGGCCAGGAGGAUGACAGCAGCGAGCCAAGGGAUGACUCUGAGCACGGAUGGGAUGUGGUGGAUUCCAGUGAGUCGGCCUCUCAGCGCCAGGAGGAGUUACCGCCGCCGCCGCUGCCUCCGGGCUGGGAGGAGAAGGUGGACAACCUGGGCAGGACUUACUACGUCAACCACAACAACAGGACUACUCAGUGGCAUCGCCCGAGCUUGAUUGAUGUGGGCUCCGAGUCAGACAACAACAUCCGGCAGAUCAACCAGGAAGCCGCCCAUCGGCGGUUCCGCUCUCGGAGGCACAUCAGUGAGGACCUGGAACCGGAGCCCAUGGAGAGCGGAGACAUUCCUGAGCCUUGGGAAACCAUUUCAGAGGAGGCAAGUGCAAGUGGAGAUUCCCUAAGCUUGUCAUUGCCACCUCCUCCUGCAUCUCCAGUGGCCCGGCCCAGUCCUCAGGAGCUAUCUGAGGAACUGAGCAGAAGACUGCAGGUCACUCCUGAUUCCAAUGGGGAACAGCUCAGUUCUUUGCUUCAAAGGGAUCCCACUUCGAGGUUAAGAUCCUGCAGCGUCACGGAUGCGGUCGCUGAACAGUCUCAGCUCUCCUUGGAGAGUGGGCCAGCGAGGAGAGCUCGGUCCUCCACUGUCACAGGGGGUGAGGAGCCAACGCCCUCCGUGGCCUACAUCCACACCACCCCCGGCCUCCCCUCGGGCUGGGAAGAGCGGAAGGAUGCCAAGGGCAGGACCUACUACGUCAACCACAACAACCGCACCACCACGUGGACACGGCCCAUCAUGCAGCUGGCAGAAGAUGGGAUGGUGGGGUCAGGAGCCAACAGCAGCAACCACCUCAGUGAGCCCCAGAUCAGGCGGCCUCGCAGCCUCAGCUCGCCCACCGUGACCCUCUCUGCUCCCCUGGAGGGCAUGAAGGAGUCCCCGGUGCGCCGGGCGGUGAAGGACACCCUCUCGAACCCCCAGUCUCCUCAGCCCUCCCCUUACAACUCCCCGAAGCCCCAGCAUAAAGUGGCUCAGAGCUUCCUCCCUCCCGGCUGGGAGAUGCGCAUCGCGCCCAACGGCCGGCCCUUCUUCAUCGACCACAACACCAAAACCACCACGUGGGAGGACCCGAGGCUGAAAUUCCCAGUGCAUUUGAGAUCAAAAACCUCUUUGAACCCAAAUGAUUUGGGCCCUCUUCCUCCUGGUUGGGAGGAAAGAAUCCACCUGGACGGAAGGACCUUCUAUAUAGACCAUAGAAGCCAGGUGUUGAUUUGUGGAGACAUUGAUACCAGAGACUUAGUGCCCUCGUACGAUAAUAAGAUCACCCAGUGGGAAGACCCCAGGCUGCAGAACCCAGCCAUUACUGGUCCAGCCGUUCCCUACUCCAGGGAGUUCAAGCAGAAGUAUGACUAUUUCCGGAAGAAGCUGAAGAAACCAGCCGACAUCCCGAACCGCUUCGAGAUGAAGCUGCACAGAAACAACAUCUUUGAGGAGUCCUACCGCAGAAUCAUGUCUGUGAAGAGACCUGACGUGCUCAAAGCCAGGCUCUGGAUUGAGUUUGAGUCCGAGAAAGGACUCGACUAUGGCGGGGUGGCCAGAGAGUGGUUUUUCCUCUUGUCCAAGGAGAUGUUUAACCCUUAUUACGGUCUCUUUGAGUAUUCCGCAACGGACAACUACACACUUCAGAUUAAUCCUAAUUCAGGUCUCUGUAACGAAGACCACUUGUCCUACUUCACCUUCAUCGGCCGCGUGGCCGGGCUGGCCGUGUACCACGGCAAGCUCCUGGAUGGCUUCUUCAUCAGACCUUUCUACAAGAUGAUGCUGGGGAAGCCCAUCACCCUGAAGGACAUGGAGUCAGUGGACAGCGAAUACUACAACUCCCUGAAGUGGAUCCUGGAGAACGACCCCACGGAGCUGGAUCUCAUGUUCUGCAUCGACGAGGAGAACUUCGGCCAGACCUACCAGGUGGACCUGAAGCCCAACGGCUCCGAGAUCACGGUGACGAACGACAACAAGCGGGAGUACAUCGACCUGGUGAUCCAGUGGAGGUUUGUGAACAGGGUUCAGAAGCAGAUGAACGCCUUCCUCGAGGGAUUCACCGAGCUGCUGCCCAUUGAUCUGAUCAAGAUUUUUGAUGAAAACGAGCUCGAGCUGCUGAUGUGCGGCCUCGGCGACGUGGACGUCAACGACUGGAGGCAGCACACCAUCUACAAGAACGGCUACUGCCCCAACCACCCCGUCAUCCAGUGGUUCUGGAAGGCCGUUCUGCUGAUGGAUGCUGAGAAACGGAUCCGGCUGCUGCAGUUCGUCACGGGGACCUCACGUGUGCCUAUGAAUGGAUUUGCUGAACUCUAUGGUUCAAAUGGUCCUCAGCUGUUUACAAUAGAGCAAUGGGGAAGUCCUGAUAAGCUGCCCAGAGCUCACACAUGCUUUAAUCGCCUCGAUUUACCUCUCUACGAGUCCUUCGAAGACCUGCGGGAGAAGCUCCUGAUGGCGGUGGAGAACGCACAAGGCUUUGAAGGAGUGGAUUAGCUGCCCCACCUCUCCCUGCGCACACUCUGCUUGGCCCCAGGGCCCGUGGUGACUCUGGCGCAGCCGUGCCCGGCGCUGCUUCACGGAGCAAACCCCACUGGCUCCCACUGCAGGAGUUGAACUGUGCCCUAGGGGUGCCGGCCCCGUGCCACGGACUGAGGCUGGUCCAGCAGGACUUGCUCUAUUUAUGUUGUGCCUCUGUAGGCAAAGCCCUUAAUAAACAUUUUACCUAAUUUCUAA